AGAAGGGAGUCCAGCAGAAUGCCGUUCCUUCAUGGCUUCCGACGGAUCAUCUUUGAGUACCAGCCGUUAGUUGACGAGAUCCUGGAAUGCAUGGAUCCUUUGGUGCAGGAAAUGAUGGACAGCGCCAGCCCUGUGGUAGAAGAUGACAGACGGAUUGCGGCACUUAAUGACCUGCUGGAGAGGAAUGCCAACUCUGUGUACUACCAAGAGGGUGUGAGCUAUUCAUUGCUGAAGAUGGCGGAGUAUGGGGUGGUCCGAGCCGCAGAAGCCCUCCUGCGUGGUGGGGCAGACGUCACCUUUGAAGAUCCAAUCACUUAUUAUACAUCACUGCACAUUGCCGUAAUGCGGAACAAGCCAGACAUGGUGGAGCUGUUGGUGCAGCAAGGUGCAGACAUCAACCGGAGAGACAGGGUGCACGAAAGCAGCCCCCUAGAUCUGGCUAGCGAAGAGCCAGAACGCCUUCCUUGCCUAAAGCGACUUUUGCAACUUGGAGCCGAUGUCAAUGCAGCUGAUAAACAUGGAAAGACUGCUCUACUGCAUGCACUAGCCAGCAGUGAUGGGGUUCAGAUCCACAAUACGGAAAACAUUCGCCUUUUGUUGGAAGGAGGUGCCGAUGUGAAGGCCACAACAAAAGAUGGCGACACCGUCUUCUCCUACAUCAUCUUCCUCCUUGGGGAGACAGUGGGAGGUGACGAAGAGGAGGUCCGGACCAUCAACCGCUUCUGCUUCCAGGUCACUCAGCUGCUGAUGACCCACGGGGCCAACCCUAGCGAGUGCCCAACCUACGAGUCCCUCACCCACCUGUGCCUGAAGAGCUUCCGGCUCCACUUUCCCCUCCUGCGCUUCCUCCUGGAGUUUGGGGCAUCAUACAACUGCACCCUCCAUGGGCCCGCCUGCUGGUCGGGCUUCAGCAUUAUCUUUGAGAGGCUGUGCUCCCACCUGAGCGGGUCAGAGGACGACACCUUCUCUGUCGACCUGUUCCAGAAAGCCGAGACGGUGCUGGAGCUCAUGGCCUCGAGCUCGCAGACCAUCAAGCUCCCCAGCAACUUUGACAUCAAUCUCAGGAACCUCAGCCGGUACCACGGGAAGAGGAUCUCGGACCUCUUCACCAGCCUGAAGCAGCUGGAACACUCCCCUCCUACCCUGAAGCAGAUAUGCCGGGUUUUCCUGCGACAGCAUCUCAGACCCUGGCCAAUUGACGAAAAAGUCAAGGCCCUCCCGCUUCCCAGCCUGUUAAAAAAAUAUAUCCUCAUAGACCUGAGCAGCUCUGCGGAUGCGGCCAUCUGCUGAUAUACUAAGGGGGUG